CCGAGCCACGAAAAUAGCGAAAAAAGCGUAUUAUUACAUAAAAUACGGCAAAUUAUCGUGCAUUGUGAUAAAAUAACGCGAAAUUCGCGACUGCCAUACACAGAAAACAACAAAUUUCCCAGAACAAUGACGGAAAAAGUCGCCAAGUAUACAUCGGAAAGCGACGACGAAUCGGAGAAACCAAAAUUUCAAUCGCCGGAAAAAUUGAAGGACCCGAAUUUGACGACGGCGGUUAGUGCGGAGUCAGAUGAAUAUGACACAGCAAGCGAGGAAUCAGGCAGCGGCGAAUAUAGUGAUGAAUCGGAAACAGAAGGCGGAGAAGAUCAAGACGAAGAAAAUGAGGAUGGAAGCGUUAUUUUGGAUGUUGAACGUCAAAGCGGAGAUGGGCAAGAGAAUGAUGGAGAGAACAAGAAAAAGGUCGAUGAUGACGAAGAUCGCAGUAAUCCACAAUAUAUCCCGAAAAAGGGCACGUUUUAUGAACACGACGAUCGUACGGCGGAAGAUCUCGAUGCCGAAGUCGAAGUUGUCGAAGGCGAAGGAGAAGAAGGCGACAGCGGAGAACCAUCAGCGACAAAAGCAGGCAAAGAAAAAGAAGCUAAAGAAGUAAAACCGACUCGUAAAUGGCAAGCAUCGCAAGAUCGAUGGACUCACGAUCGUUUCGAAGAGAAUGAACAAGCUCCCAAAUCGCGAAAUGAACUUGUCUCCGCCUACGGAUACGACAUUCGAAGCGAAGAUGCGCCGCCCAAGGCUCGAAGACGCAAGCGAUACGGCAAAGGACCCAACAAAUACACGCGAAAUUGGGAAGACGAAGCAGCAUAUGCCAAACAACCGCAACAGCGAAAACUCCGGCCUGAAGAUUUCCCCGCAUUGGGUACGGAAAACCAAAAACGCGUCGGAAAAUCGUCCCGCGCGCGACAAUCAAGCGAGUACAAGGAAAAUAACGAUCGAAAUAUCGAGCGAAAUGAGGAUCGCCGUUCGCAUGAUGCGCCUCGUGAACGUCCCGAUAUACGAGAUCGCGAUAAUAAUCGAGAUCAGCAGAGACGAGGCUUUGGAAAGGAUAACAAACAAGCGGGAACGUCAAAUAAUAGACGUCGCGACAGUAACCAACAACGGAAUAACGCAAGAAAUGAGAAUAAUUACAAUCGCGGAGCGGAUAGGGGACAGCAACAGCAGCAAAAUACGAUGGAAUUCAUCAAUCAGAACCGAAACAAAGAACAAAAAGAUCAAAUCUCGCACAGUAAUCAACGAUAUGCAUCACAACAGCAACAACAGCAGUCAUCGCAGAACGCGAAUUAUCACCAAAUGCAUCAGCAGCAAUCGCAACAAGGUCAUUCCUACGCGAAUCACGAACACGGGAACAAGGAAUCACACAAUAAUUACAACAACGCUCGAAUCAGCAACCAACCGCGGUAUCAGGAGAACUUGGAUUAUCAAAUGUCGAAUAAAGAUCCGCAAAGGGAUCAACGUCAAACGACUCCAAUUGCCCAAAAUCAAGUUAUGCAACAGCAACAAAUGCAGAAUUACGUUCAAAUGCAACAAAAACAACAGCAACAAGUUCAAAUGCAACAAAUGAGUCAACAACAGGCGCAAGAUCCUUCCCGUUCGAAGCGUUAUUCGAGUUUACGUCAACGUGGCAUGGAUGGAAAUGCUCCUUCGCAGCAGCAAACACAACAGCAAAACCCGCAAAUGAUGCCCGAUCAAAGUAAUAUGAUGUCUGAAGCGGCAAUCCUUCAGCAAUUGCAGCAAAAUGAAAAACUCAAGCAUCAGGCGAUGGCUCAUCAGAAGCAAAUUUCCUACCAUCAAGCGAUAACUCCUCAAGUUUCCGCGUCGCAGCAACAACAAAAUCCUCCGCAAUCAUCUCCCGCGCCCCAAAAUGCCCCCAAUGCGCAAUAUCCUCCGCCAUAUUACGCACAAACAGCUGCCGAUUAUCAAGCGCCCGCAUCUCAACAAACGCCCCAAACACAAAUGAUCGCCGCAGGUCCUUCGCCGCAGCAAAAUGUUCCGCCCGCAGCACAAUACGCUCAAUACGCGGGACCCCCGAAUGCUCCAUCGUACAUUCAAAAUGCCUAUCUUCCGCAGCCGCAGGCAGGUCCCGUUGUUCCGCAGCAACAACCGCCGCCCCAAAUGUACGUUCAAUCCGUUAAUCCGCCGCCGCAGCAACAAUUUCAACCACAAUACUCCGGAUACACGCCCAAUUAUACGCCCCAAGCUGCUCCGAAUGCCGCGACGCCCAUUUAUCAAAGUCAACCGCCCCCAAUUACGUAUUUUGCACCCACCGCAGCGCCCGCGAAUCCUCCGCCGACACGCGUUACGCGACGACCCACGAAUGCGAUUCCGAUUUUGGCGCCGCCAGAACGUGCGGGAAAUGGAAAACGCACGGAUUAUGAGAAUGCGACGACAAACACGACGACGAAUACGGGUGAUAAAGAUUCCGCGGGAGGAGGAAAUAAACAAGCUGCGGAAAGUGCGGAAAAUAUCGAUCAUAUCUUGGAUAAUAUGUUUGUGCGAAGACCGCCUUUGCAACCGACGCCAAUUAUGAAAAGUGCUUCUCCGAGCAUAGAAAGUAGUGUUAAGAACCUUUCCAUCAAAGACGACUCAAAGGAAGAAAAACUCGCAACAACCGAAAAAGUGGGCUAAUUGCUGUGUAAUUGCUGAAAAAAAUAUUGGUGCAUGUCUAAAAAAAAUUUUCUUUCUUGUUUGACAUUUUUCUCACAUUUAUUACUCUUUUUUUAUAAAUCGACUUAUUUAUAAUUAUUUUUGCGUUUUUCGAGCUCAGAGCUCUUUAUCUUAUAUCUUUUUAUUUUCUCGAUAAAUAAAAAUAGUAUUUAAAGUGAAAAUUUAGACUUAAGCCAAGCUGUUACGAGAUUCUUCGUAGAAAUUAGAAAAAAAAAUACAAAAAAAAUUGUUAGAUAUUUAAGCACUAAAAAGCGAGAUAUUUUGUAUAAUUCGUAAAAAGAACAUAAAAACUUGCUAAUUUUAUGACUAAUAAUUGUUAAAAUUUAGAAAUUAUGUAUCAUCGU